AUGAAGGUAAUGGCGACAAUUCUGCUGCUAUUCUUCAGCAGUAUUUUGUCAAUUUAUGCUUCGUUGGACCAGGAAUUUGGUGUUGACCAUGAAAAGGAUAAACAUGACCCAUCUUAUAAAUAUAAAAUGCGAGGUAUUUAAAAUAUUCAAUUAUUAAACAGUAUAUACAGUAAUUGGGCUAUUCCAUUUAAUAUCCGUACCCCCCCUGUCGAGGAUCCCUGGAAUUCUUCAGGGGUAAAGUGUUUUGAGCUUGGAAUUCUUCAGGGGUAAAGUGUUUUGAGUUUGGAAUUCUUCAGGGGUAAAUGGUUUUGAGCUUGGAAUUCUUCAGGGGUAAAGGGUUUUGAGCUUGGAAUUCUUCAGGGGGAAAGAGGUUUGAGAUUGAAAUUUUUCAGAGCUUGGAAUUCUUCAGGGGUGAAGGGUUUUGAGCUUGGAAUUCUUCAGGGGUAAAAGGUUUUGAGCUUGAAAUUCUUCAGGGGUAAAGGAUUUUGAGCUUGGAAUUCUUUAGGGGUGAAGGGUUUUGAGCUUGGAAUUCUUCAGGGGUAAAAGGUUUUGAGCUUGGAAUUUUGGAAUUCUUCAGGGGUAAAAGGUUUUGAGCUUGGAAUUCUUCAGGGGUAAAGAGUUUUGAGCUUGGAAUUUUGGAAUUCUUCAGGGGUAAACAGUUUUGAGCUUGGAAUUCUUCAGGGGUAUGACAAUGAAAAAUAUGUAUCCUCGACAGGGGGGGGUACGGAUAUUAAAUGGAAUAGCCCAUUGCAGAGACAUUGAUAUUGUAUUUUGGCAUAAUGUGAGGGCUCGCUUAUGUUUUAUUUUUUUAUUGCCAUCCUACAUGUUUCACAAUGUGUUUUCUCAUCCAAUGUUUAUCAAUUUCGUAAAUCCUAAAUCUUGUCAUUUUCCUUCCUUUUGUCCCAUUUCCAUUUAUGAAAAUAAAUUUUAUCUCACACCUGGCAGACGUUAAUAUUGGUAGUCCUCUUUUAAUGUUGUUAUCAGCAUUUUCUAUCAUUGAAAUAAAAUAUGCAAUAUAUUUUAUUUCAAUGUGGGUAACACCAGACACUGUCAUGGGUAGAUUGUGCAAUGUUAUUGGGUUCAACCUUUGCUAAUACAUGUACAUACUGAAUAUUUUAAGAUUCAUGGAAGGCUUAUUUGAAUAAAAUCAAUGAGAGUGUGUCUGCAUAUGAGGAUUGUUCUAAUGUAAACAGUGGUUGUUACAAGAAAGUGAUUGAUAACGACCUGAAGCUUUGGAAAGAUAAAGGUGGAAUUACUAAAUCGGACUUUGAUAAAGCCAAGAAAGGAACGCGAGGAACACAUUACCAGAUUAUCAACCAUAAGUUGUAUCGACAGAACGAUUGCAUGUUUGAAGCUCG